AUGCUCAUCCACCAUCCCAAGCUUCUUGAGGUGGGAUGGGGUUCCGGAGGCCCCGAUGAUGCGGCGCUUGCAGAAUACAUUGUCCUCAUGCUCGUCAACGGCAAGACGCAAGACGAGAUCGCUUCCGAGAUCUCGGGCGAGCUUCUAAGUCUCGGCCCCGAUGACCCUGUCGUCAAAGAGUUUGCUGGCUGGCUGUUCCGCGAAAUCGACACUCUGAAUGCGCAGCUGAACGGCGCGCCCCAACAAGCGCACGAUAACUCUGGCGAUGCCAUGCAAAUAUCAAACCCCGACGGCGACGCUUCAAGAUCUGGCGCUGGCGCGAUUGGCGCGCGGGGCAACCAAAACGGCCGGGCGCCCAAUCUCCAGGCGGGCAUGGCCGCUGCCAUGGCUCAUGGAAUGGCUGGACCGAUGCCGGGUAUGCCGGGCAUGCCUGGCCCCAACGGCAUGGGUGCCAACGGGAUGCCUUGGGGCAUGGUUGCGGCGGAACCGAGCUCCGCUGAGCUGAUGAAUCUUCUCCAGCAGCAAUCGCAGAUGAUGCAGCAGAUCUCGCAGCAGAUGCUCAGCCAGGGCUUCCAGAACAACAACAACAACAACAACCGUCAAGGAAGGCAACACCGCGGUAAUGAUAGGGGCAACUUCCGGCGCGGUGGCCACAACCAACACGGUCACCGUAAUGCGAACCAGCAGCACGGAGACAAGGAGGCUGGCGAGGGCGGACAGGACGUCGACAUGGGAGGAAACAAGGCGGAACCAACCAACCCCGAGGAGAAGGUGUGCUCGUAUAACCUCAAGUGCCUUAACAAGGACUGCAAGUUUGCGCACCAGUCCCCAGCGGCGCCGCCAGGCAUCACCCUCGACCUCCAAGACGUGUGCAGCUUCGGCGCGGCAUGCAAGAACUGGAAGUGCGUGGGCCGCCACCCCUCUCCCGCGGCCCGCAUGGCCCACCAGGGCGAGCAAGACUGCAAGUUCUUCCCCAACUGCCAGAACCCGCGCUGUACAUUCCGCCACCCCAACAUGCCUCUGUGCCGCAACGGCGCGGAUUGCACAACAUCAGGAUGCAAGUUCACGCACAUCAAGACCAAGUGCAAAUACUCGCCCUGCCUCAACCCCAACUGUCCCUUUGUGCACGACGAGGGCCAGCAGGGUGGCUUCAAGGACAAGGUGUGGACUGCGGAGGGAGAGAAGGAGCACGUUAGCGAUCGCAAAUUCGUCGAUGACAACUCGGAAAUGGAAAUGGUGCGCGCCGAUGGCGAGGCCGACGGGCAAACGAUUGGUCAUGACGAGAGUGCCGACGCUAUCCAAUAA